AUGGGAGCGAGGUGGGAGCGAGGUGGGGGCGAGGUGGAGGCGAGGUGGGAGCGAGGUGGGGGCGAGGUGGAGGCGAGGUGGGGGCGAGGUGGGAGCGAGAUGGGAGCGAGAUGGGAGCGAGGUGGGAGCGAGGUGGGAGCGAGGUGGGAGCGAGGUGGGAGGGAGGUGGGAGCGAGGUGGGAGCGAGAUGGGAGUGAGAUGGGAGCGAGAUGGGAGCGAGGUGGGAGUGAGGUGGGAGCGAGGAGGUGGGAGCGAGAUGGGAGCGAGGUGGGAGCGAGGCGGGAGCGAGGAGGUGGGAGCGAGGCGGGAGCGAGGAGGUGGGAGCGAGGAGGUGGAGCGAGGAGGUGGAGCGAGGAGGUGGGGAGCGAGAUGGGAGCGAGAUGGGAGCGAGGUUGGAGGAGGUGGGAGCGAGGUGGGAGGGAGGUGGGAGCGAGAUGGGAGCAAGAUGGGAGCGAGAUGGGAGCGAGGUGGGAGGGAGGUGGGGCAAGGUGGAGGCGAGGUGGGGGCGAGGUGGGAGCGAGGUGGGAGGGAGGUGGGAGCGAGGUGGGAGCGAGGUGGGGGCGAGGUGGGGGCGAGGUGGGGGCGAGGUGGGGCGAGUUUGUGACUCUUCCAGCUGCAGUGUGA